AUGGGCGUUGAUUCGAACCAAUCCGCAAGAAGUGGUUAUGCUGCUCAAGGGCAGAACGCAGACAGGAGCUCUACCUUCUCUUGGAAGAAGAGCGGAACAGACCAGAACACGCCGCAGAAAGGCCUAUCUUUUGGUGGCAGUUUGAAGCCACAACCAGCUCGGCAAUCUGGAUCUUCGCAGCCAGACCAUGAUACAUGUGAGCAGGCCAUUAGCGCUAUGGUCUCGCGCAGCUACAACGGGAUGAAGGAAGCUUUGCAGCUCCUCGGCCUUCCGGACUAUCCGCUGAGCUUUGUUCCCGGGAGGGAGCUGAAGCUCUGCGGGCAUCAGCUCCGCGAGGAAAUCAACGAAAUGAUUCACCACUGGAUGACGGACGAGAAGGACGAUUUCUACAGCGCCCUGAGCAAGAUAAAAGGAAUCGUGGCGAAGCCAAUUCUGACGGAGGAGGAACUUGAUUUACUGGACAGCAAGGAAGAGUGGCAGAAGACCUUGGGCCCUGAUGGCGGCGUCAUGUUCACACGAAGGCAGGAUGGACCACAGCCACCUCUUGAGGAUGAUGAUGACGAUGAUGAGGUGAUAGAUGUCACGCCAGAUGGCACUCGCUUGAGUUCGUCUGCCAAAACAUCAGGCAUGGCAGCAAGGAACGCGCAGAGCAAGAUGGCUGAGCAGGCAGGGACUGGUCUACAAGAGCAGGACUAUUAUGCGCUUCUUGGCGUCAACAGGAAAGCGUCUCUACAGGAGAUUCGGACCAGAUUCCGGGCGCUUGUGUUGACGGCACAUCCUGAAAAAGGUGGCGACCCUGAUACAUUCCACAAGCUCAACAAGGCCUACAGCGUGCUGAGCGACCCAGCCAAGCGGCAAGAGUAUGAUGCCGAGAGUUCCGGCAGGUAG